AUGUUGCUCAUGAAGAUCAACAGCAUCACUCCAAAACCUAAUGAGCCAAGGGAGAUGAUUGAGAGGCUUCAGGGACUUACAAAGCACAAGGACCGUGUCAUUUGCAAUGCUCUGACAGCUCUUCUCCAACUCUGGAGGCAGAGGAUCAGAGAACAAGAGUGUGAAGCUUUGUCUACAAUCGAUAUGAUUCUUGACAAACCUCUACAGGCUUAUCAUCAGAUACAUGGUGGUCAGGUCUUCACAAGAGAACCUACAAAGAAGAGGAAGUUAGUGAGGUGA